AUGGUUACCGUCGCCGCCGCAGCCGCCUGCUACGACGAGGAGGUUCACAGCCGUGCCGCGCUGCGGGAGGCCUUCGGAGACUCAACAGACAGCGAUUCCGACGCGCCCCGCGGCGCGGCUAGCACGCCACCGGUUCAAGGGGCGGGCCGCGAGCGCUGGAGAUGGGCGGCGGUGGCGGAAGUAAGGGGCCUGUGGCUCUGCGCCGCCUUCCUCUCGCCCGACGAGCAGUCGCGCCUUCUCGCCGCGAUCCAACGAGAAGAAUGGUUCAGUGAUGCACACAACCAAGCAAUGAGAUUUGGUGAUCUCCCUCCAUGGGCUGUCGAACUUUCGGCACUUGUUAGGGAAGCUAUUUGCGUUGGUAGUGUUGAUGAUGCUAGUGUUGGCACUAGGUGGAUGAACGAGGAUGAAGACGCAUGUCCUUUGCCGUCAGAUUUACUGUGGAGAGAACCGCUUUUUGAUCAACUGAUUGCAAACACAUACAAGCCAGGUGAGGGUAUCUGUGCCCAUGUUGAUCUCAUGCGCUUCGACGACGGGAUCGUUAUAGUCUCUCUCGAGUCUGCAUGCGUGAUGCGCUUCAGUCGAGAAGGUGCUGCCUGUGAUACGCAAAAGCCCGGGGAGAGCGAAUGUACAAACGUUCCCGUCUACCUGAACCCAGGCUCACUUGUUGUAAUGUCAGGCGAUGCACGGUAUCACUGGAAGCAUGAGAUCAACCGCAAGCCAGGUGCUCAGCUCUGGAAUGGGAUGGAGCUUGAGCAGCAUAGAAGAACUUCAGUUACUCUGAGGAAACUCAGGGCUUCUCCCAACUAA